ACCAACAUCAUCAGCAUCCGAGGCAAUGACUGCGCCCAAGAGCGUCGAGCAGAUUGUCGCCGAGGCUUCCAACUUCGACCAUGCAGCCAACAUCCCCCUCAACAUGGCCCUGCGUACCGCCCAGAACAUGACCAGCCAAGCCGCCAACUACGAGCGCGAUGCCAACCUCCAAGAAGCCUACUAUUUCCUCUACCGUCAUGCCGACUUCUUCUUUACCCACAUCUCCAAACACCCGGAUGCGAAGAAGCCAGAGUACAAGGCCCAGAUGGCCCGCACCCGCGACCAUGUCAAGGCCGAUCUGUCGCGUAUGGAGGCUUUGAAGCCUGAGAUCAUGUCUCGUUACCAAAAGUACCAGGAUGUUGUCAAGAGAAGGAACCAACUCAAGUCACAGCAUGACACACCAGCUGCGUCGCAAGAGUCGUUUGUCCUCAGUGCUGCCGAGCACAAAGAUGUGGCUCUGCAACUCGCCAACCGCGAACUCCGGAGGAGAGCAAAAGACCCACGCGACGACAAUGCUGCCAUGGACGACCUGAGCCGUGGCAUCCAAGACUUAGGCCGACGCAUUGAUGGCCCUCGCGAACAUUCUCGCAACACAUCGACUUCACAGACCUCGUCGCUAUACAACUACCCCUCGGUGCCGGCUCACGCAACCGCUGCCCUGUCGUCGUCUUCGCUUGCACCCAGUCGGCCGCCCAAGGACAACCUACCCAGCUACAAUGCACCUCCACCACUCCCUGGAAAGCCAGUUCAAUCCUUGAAUUCUCCUCCACCGCUACCCUCAAAGCCCGGCGGGCCGGCACCACCACCUAAACAAGAUCUAUCACCAACCCAAUCCUACCAAUUCCAACCAGCCGCCUACACCGAAAACGGCACUCCACUACGCACCCUGUUCCUCCCCACCUCCCUACGUACUUCCUUCGUCUCCCUCGCCGCUUCCAACACAUCUUCAAACCUCGAAACCUGCGGUAUUCUCUGUGGCACUUUAAUCUCCAACGCACUGUUUGUAUCGCACUUGGUGAUUCCAGACCAAACAGCCACUUCCGACACGUGCGAAACCACCGAUCAGGGUGAGACGGAUCUGUUUGAUUAUGUGGAUAAUGAGGGCUUGAUGGUAUGUGGAUGGAUACACACACAUCCGACCCAGACUUGUUUCUUGAGUUCGAGGGAUUUGCAUACUAGUGUGGGAUAUCAGGUUAUGUUGCCUGAGAGCGUGGCUAUUAAUUUGCUAACCAACGAAACAGUNCAUGGUAUUUUUCGCCUUACGGAUCCGCCGGGCAAACAAGCGGUUUUGAAUUGCCAUAAGCCUGGAUUGUUUCAUCCUCAUGAUGUGGAUAAUUUAUACACUGAUGCCACGAGACCUGGCCAUGUUUCUGAGUUAUCGGGUCUACAGUUCCAAGUCGUGGAUUUGAGAAAGGGCAAGAAG